UCAUGAAGAUGAUUGCAAAAUUCUUAAUCUCCUGACAUGAAAAAUGCUUCUUUAAAAUGGUGAAUUUCAACGAGGCUUGCAGCUCUUUCGCUGCUGCCGUCCUUGAAUAUGAUACGAAUAAGAUUGUUCAUAUAAAGAGCAAGAAAGUUGGCUUGAUCAACCGCAUAAUACAACUUGCAAUCAUCGGAUAUGUGAUCGGCUAUGUUAUUAUCUAUGAAAAAGGUUAUCAGUCAUUUGAUGUUGGACUGAGCUCUGUAACAACGAAACUUAAAGGAACAGCGUUAACCAAUUUGUCAAUAAAUUUCCCAGUCAACAUUAGCAAUGGGAUAGAGUCAAGCAAGCUUUUUGAUGGACCACGGAUCUGGGAUUCGUCAGAUUAUGUGAUACCUCCAGAGGAAAAUGAUGCUGUCUUUGUGAUGACCAACAUGAUAAUAACGCCUCGGCAGAAGCAAGGAAUGUGCCCGGAAGACGACCAAUACACCAUGGCUCGUUGUUAUUCUGAUGCUAAUUGUACUAAAGGUGAAGAAGUUAUCACAGGACAUGGCGUCAUGACAGGAAGGUGCAUAGCACCAGACAGACAACGAAGUGACCGGGGCAAUUACAAUGUCUGCGAGAUAUAUUCCUGGUGUCCAGUGGAGUAUGACAAACUACCAAUGCCGGGAACAAAUUCUGGCAAUCCCUUAAGAAACGACACUUGCCUGCUUGAUUCUGCCAUCAACUUCACAAUAUUGAUAAAGAACACUGUGCAGUUUCCAGAAUUUGGUGUUCGGGUACGAAAUAUAAAUGACAAGCAGAACAAGACCUACCUGACAAGAUGUCAUUACAGUUCAAGUAAAGAAAAUCGUCUGUGUCCAAUCAUUAGCUUAAAAACAAUAUUUGAUGAAAUCUCCGAUACUGCAUUUGAAGAUGCUUGCAUUAAGGGGGGGAUUGUUGCCAUUAAAAUCAAGUGGGAUUGUGAUUUAGAUUAUGACGAGAGCGAGUGUCUACCACAUUACUCAUUUGGCAGAGUGGACAAUGCGCAUGCUCAGAUAGCAGGUGGAUAUAACUUCAGAUUUGCAACUUACGAUGUCGAAAAUGAUACUCAGUACCGGACGUUGAUAAAGGCAUAUGGUAUUAGAUUUGUUAUAAUGGUCGACGCGAAGGCUGGUAAAUUUGACAUCAUUCCUUUGCUUCGGAAUCUUGGUGCUGGCUUGGCCUUACUUAGCGUGGCGACCGUGAUGUGCGAUAUAUGUGUGUUAUAUCUGUUGAAAAAGAAAUAUUUUUAUCGAAAUAAGAAAUACCAAUAUGUCGACGACCCGGACGCCAGUAGCACAAGCGAAGAUGAGGCGAGUUUACGAACAAAACCCGAAGAACGCACUGACAGUGGUGACUACGAAAAUAUUAACGAUUAAAUGAUGAGUGAAAGAAGCAACACGCCUGAUUAUGGUACCUUGAAAAACGAAAAAUGAAAAUAAUUCAAGUGGAAGUAAUGAGCACAGGUUUGAUCAUUUCAACACUAAAUUAAUCCCGAAGAAAAUAGAUGAGGUGUAUUCAGGGUAAAAAAAUAGACGAUAAGUAAAGAGAAGAUGGUCUGUCCAAAAGCAAAAUUUGAUAUUUUGGCGUAUGUUAUUUACUGAAUUGGUACACAGGAGUUAAGAUACUAGGUGACGUUGUGCUUAAUGUGGGUGACCUGAUUGUUGAGACCUACGAAAUCACAUACGCCAGAAAGUUGACUCGUAUAUAGUUAGUUGUAAUCAUAUUCACGUACAAAAUGGCCGCUAAACUGCACAGAACUUCACAUUAGGAUACAAGAAAGAAAAACACACAGCAUUUGAGACUAGGCCAUAUCACAGAACAAUAAGUUAUUAAAUUUAAUUGAAACAUUGAUUCCGGGGGGAGUGCACGCUA